AUGUAUUAUCAUAAUGAAUUUCGGUUUGGACCCGGUUUUACCUUCCCGGACAACGUUAUCAAAAAGUUUGGUUCCAAACCUUACUACGAUGCCACCGUGAUGUCUCUGUCCUUAGCCUGGCUUGCACAUCAGACAAAAGACCCAAACCUAGAAUAUGCAAGUCGACAAAAGUACGCAGAAGCCUUGAGUGGCAUCAAAUACGCCCUGACAUCGGAAGAUACCGUGUCGGACGCCCUGUUGAUGGCCGUCAUACUGCUGGCCUUCUAUGAGAUGAACGUACGCACCACGGAAGAUGCUUGGCUCUUCCAUGCCAACGCAGUGAAGCAGCUGAUGAAGAAGCGUGGCAUGAGAGCCCAUUUGAGUGGCCCUGGGCGCGUUUGUCACUUUGCCUUCAGGCCGUUUCUGAUUGGUGCUGCGCUCCAGAAGGGUGAAUCAUGUUUCUUAGAUGAGGAUUCAUGGCAGGACUUGGCAGCAUCUUUGCGGAGCGAAGACUCUCGGAAGCAAAACGAAUGGGCAUUUUAUAUCGAUGUCUAUGAAACCAUCUUCAUGGAGCUUGUUAGGUGUCCCGGCUAUAUCAAGGAAGCCCGGGGAAUCUUUUCUGCGGCCUCACCAGAGGCCAAAUCUCUGGCUCAUCGUAUUCGUAAAACAUGUGAUCGACUGCGACGGCUAAGCAAAGAAAUGCGAACCUUACUUAGUGCGCAUAACCAGCGAAAGCAGGGCAUCACUCUUCGCUUCGUCGGGCCGGAGCCCAAACUCUUCCCGGAAACGAGCCCAUCUCUUCUUCUUCGUGCUGGGGUCGAUGCUGUUCGUAUCCUCGAACAAAUCUUAGAUCGAAUCACCAUUCCUAUACCUACCGUGGAACAGACCUUAAUCAUCCGUGAUGGAGCGAUAACACCGGUGUCAAGCCCAGACAGCUCAGGCGAUGCGGAUAGUCCACCACUCUUCUCCUUUGGUUUGUCCUGCGAACUUGGAAACGGUCCACAGGCUUCGGUCGGUGAUGAUGCUCAACGCGCAUUGACUUGGCUGGAUCGGGUCGCCGGGGCAAUGGGGCUAUUAGGAGCGGAAAUCACGUACGGAAUGAAACCGGGAAUCCACACAGAUCUUGCUCUGCGAACUGUUCGCACGUUAACCCCUGUGGAUGACGACCUCCCGGAGCCUCGUAGGUCGUCGGACUGA